AUGCCUUUACUCACGGUCGUACACUCUCUAAGAAUACCAAAUCCAUCUCCCAGAAGCAACAUCCCGCAGGAAAAACAGUCAGAUGUGGACGCCAUCCUCAAAGGUCUCAAAACUUGCUCUACACGUCUACGGGCCUCUAUGUCGACCUUUGCAGACGAACUUCAUCUCCUAGAAAGGGUGUAUUAUAAGAGCAAGAACCAGCAUCGAUCAUCAAUGUUUUUCAAACGCGUCUCCGAUGUGAGACGUUAUGGAUACCGACUGUCUGGUUUGCAGCUACCCGAACUUGUGGCAGAGUUGCGUGCUGCAUUCUUUGGGACCAAUUCCAAGAAGCUGCUGAAAGGAGCCUGGAACCAAUGUCCUGACGUUUCUUUCGUGAAGCACAUCGCCUUGAGAUUGGAUGCUUCUGUCAAACUGCUAAAUCAUGUGAGUGUCAUUGGCACAUUCACUCUUCACUUGGUGAUAAAUUAUGAAGAUGAAAGAACGUAUAGACAGCGCGUAUCGGUAAGCAGGUCUUGCGGUCCGCCGUCGUCUGCUGAGCUCUUUUUUCAGACACUUGGCGUUGGCGAUGCAGUCUGGCGCAUUUGUCCAACUUGUGUUGUUACUUGUUGGAAUGACAUCUAG